AUGUUAGAAAAAGGCUCAGUGGCGUUAUCCUCGCAAGCUGAGAUAUUGAAAGGUAUUGAAAAGAGGGGUGCCAAUAACUAUGACCCCAAGAGGGGUGCCAAUAACUAUGACACCAAGAGGGGUACCAAUAACUAUGACACCAAGAGGGGUGCCAAUAACUAUGAUUCCAAGAGGGGUGCCAAUAACUAUGACCCCAAGAGGGGUGCCAAUAACUAUGACACCAAGAGGGGUGCCAAUAACUAUGACCCCAAGAGGGGUGCCAAUACCUAUGACCCCAAGAGGGGUACCAAUAACUAUGAUCCCAAGAGGGGUGCCAAUAACUAUGACCCCAAGAGGGGUGCCAAUAACUAUGAUUCCAAGAGGGGUGCCAAUAACUAUGACACCAAGAGGGGUGCCAAUAACUAUGACCCCAAGAGGGGUGCCAAUAACUAUGACCCCAAGAGGGGUGCCAAUAACUAUGACCCCAAGAGGGGUGCCAAUAACUAUGACACCAAGAGGGGUGCCAGUAACUAUGACACCAAGAGGGGUGCCAAUAACUCUGACCCCAAGAGGGGUGCCAAUACCUAUGACCCCAAGAGGGGUGCCAAUAACUAUGACACCAAGAGGGGUACCAAUAACUAUGACACCAAGAGGGGUGCCAAUAACUAUGAUUCCAAGAGGGGUGCCAAUAACUAUGACCCCAAGAGGGGUGCCAAUAACUAUGACACCAAGAGGGGUGCCAAUAACUAUGACCCCAAGAGGGGUGCCAAUACCUAUGACCCCAAGAGGGGUACCAAUAACUAUGAUCCCAAGAGGGGUGCCAAUAACUAUGACCCCAAGAGGGGUGCCAAUAACUAUGACACCAAGAGGGGUGCCAAUAACUAUGACACCAAGAGGGGUGCCAAUAAUUAUGACCCCAAGAGGGGUGCCAAUAACUAUGAUUCCAAGAGGGAUGCCAAUAAUUAUGACACCAAGAGGGGUGCCAAUAACUAUGACACCAAGAGGGGUGCCAAUAACUAUGACACCAAGAGGGGUGCCAAUAACUAUGACCCCAAGAGGGGUGCCAAUAACUAUGACACCAAGAGGGGUGCCAAUAACUAUGACACCAAGAGGGGUGCCAAUAACUAUGACACCAAGAGGGGUGCCAAUAACUAUGACACCAAGAGGGGUGCCAAUACCUAUGACCCCAAGAGGGGUGCCAAUAACUAUGACACCAAGAGGGGUACCAAUAACUAUGACACCAAGAGGGGUGCCAAUAACUAUGAUUCCAAGAGGGGUGCCAAUAACUAUGACCCCAAGAGGGGUGCCAAUAACUAUGACACCAAGAGGGGUGCCAAUAACUAUGACCCCAAGAGGGGUGCCAAUACCUAUGACCCCAAGAGGGGUACCAAUAACUAUGACCCCAAGAGGGGUGCCAAUAACUCUGACCCCAAGAGGGGUGCCAAUACCUAUGACCCCAAGAGGGGUGCCAAUAACUAUGACACCAAGAGGGGUACCAAUAACUAUGACACCAAGAGGGGUGCCAAUAACUAUGAUUCCAAGAGGGGUGCCAAUAACUAUGACCCCAAGAGGGGUGCCAAUAACUAUGACACCAAGAGGGGUGCCAAUAACUAUGACCCCAAGAGGGGUGCCAAUACCUAUGACCCCAAGAGGGGUACCAAUAACUAUGAUCCCAAGAGGGGUGCCAAUAACUAUGACACCAAGAGGGGUGCCAAUAACUAUGAUUCCAAGAGGGGUGCCAAUAACUAUGACACCAAGAGGGGUGCCAAUAACUAUGACCCCAAGAGGGGUGCCAAUAACUAUGACCCCAAGAGGGGUGCCAAUAACUAUGACCCCAAGAGGGGUGCCAAUAACUAUGACACCAAGAGGGGUGCCAGUAACUAUGACACCAAGAGGGGUGCCAAUAACUCUGACCCCAAGAGGGGUGCCAAUACCUAUGACCCCAAGAGGGGUGCCAAUAACUAUGACACCAAGAGGGGUACCAAUAACUAUGACACCAAGAGGGGUGCCAAUAACUAUGAUUCCAAGAGGGGUGCCAAUAACUAUGACCCCAAGAGGGGUGCCAAUAACUAUGACACCAAGAGGGGUGCCAAUAACUAUGACCCCAAGAGGGGUGCCAAUACCUAUGACCCCAAGAGGGGUACCAAUAACUAUGAUCCCAAGAGGGGUGCCAAUAACUAUGACCCCAAGAGGGGUGCCAAUAACUAUGACACCAAGAGGGGUGCCAAUAACUAUGACACCAAGAGGGGUGCCAAUAAUUAUGACCCCAAGAGGGGUGCCAAUAACUAUGAUUCCAAGAGGGAUGCCAAUAAUUAUGACACCAAGAGGGGUGCCAAUAACUAUGACACCAAGAGGGGUGCCAAUAACUAUGACACCAAGAGGGGUGCCAAUAACUAUGACACCAAGAGGGGUGCCAAUAACUAUGACACCAAGAGGGGUGCCAAUAAUUAUGACCCCAAGAGGGGUGCCAAUAACUAUGAUUCCAAGAGGGGUGCCAAUACCUAUGACCCCAAGAGGGGUGCCAAUAACUAUGACACCAAGAGGGGUGCCAAUAACUAUGACACCAAGAGGGGUGCCAAUAACUAUGACCCCAAGAGGGGUGCCAAUAACUAUGACACCAAGAGGGGUGCCAAUAACUAUGACACCAAGAGGGGUGCCAAUAACUAUGACACCAAGAGGGGUGCCAAUAACUAUGACCCCAAGAGGGGUGCCAAUAACUAUGACACCAAGAGGGGUGCCAAUAACUAUGACACCAAGAGGGGUGCCAAUAACUAUGACACCAAGAGGGGUGCCAAUAACUAUGACACCAAGAGGGGUGCCAAUAACUAUGACCCCAAGAGGGGUGCCAAUAACUAUGACACCAAGAGGGGUGCCAAUAACUAUGAUCCCAAGAGGGGUGCCAAUAACUAUGACACCAAGAGGGGUGCCAAUAACUAUGAAUUGUAA